CCUCUCCUCAUCUCUCCGUCAGAAGUAUGCAGGGCUCGUCCUAUCAGACCUUACGUCAGCCGGGACUCUUUAACAGGCUGUCAGCCGGGACCCAGACAGGCAGAGAGGUGGUGGAGGAGAUGAAGAUGACAGACACGGCACGAGGAGGAUGUAGCACACCUGAGGGGAGCUGCGUGACGAGCGUUUAAAGCGGGACUCAUUCCGGAUUCAAUGCAUUUGCACUUUAACACCAGUGAUGAGUUGGCUCCUGUUGUGGAUUCUCACUGCAGCCGGAAUUCAACAGGCCUUCUCCCAGAAUUCCACUGCCAUGCCACCCGCCUCAGUUGUCACCACCCCAGCUGUGGAAGCCUUCAACCGGACGCAGUACUGCAAGUGGCCCUGUGAGUGUCCCAAGGUGGCCCCCGUCUGCCCACCGGGCAUCAGCCUCCUCAUGGACGGCUGCGACUGCUGCAAGGCGUGCGCCCAACAGGUGGGUGAGGAGUGCAAUGAGGCGGACACGUGCGACUACCACAAAGGACUGUACUGUGACUACAGCUCGGACAAGCCUAGGUACGAAAAAGGAGUGUGUGCAUACAUGGUGGGAACAGGCUGUGAGCAUGAUGGAGUGAUCUACCGUAACGGGCAGAGCUUCAGUCCCAGCUGUAAAUACCAGUGUGUGUGCGUAAACGGUGCCAUCGGCUGCGUGUCUCUCUGCACAGAGUCACAGCCUCCGCGGGUGUGGUGCCAAACUCCGCGCAGGGUCAAAGUUCGAGGUCAAUGCUGUGAGCAGUGGAUCUGUGAUGAACCCAAAAGAGGGCGCAAGACUGCGCCGCGGCACGCAGUAGAGGUUCCCCCAGCUGAGACCAGGAGCUGGCACAAGAACUGCAUUACCCAGACUACCUCAUGGAGUCCUUGUUCAAAGACGUGUGGCCGUGGCCUGUCCAUGAGGAUCUCUAACGCCAACGACCAAUGUGAGCUGAUCAAAGAAUCUCGCCUCUGCAACCUGCGGCCCUGUGAGGUCGACAUCACCAAACACAUCAAGCCGGGAAAGAAAUGUCUGAACAUCUACAGGGAAGAUCAACCCUCCAACCUUACCAUCUCCGGCUGCACCAGUAAGAAGCAGUACAGGCCCAAAUACUGCGGCGUCUGCACAGACGAGCGCUGCUGCAUCCCCUACAAAUCCAAAACCAUCGACGUGGACUUUGAGUGUCCUAACGGGGCCGGCUUUACCUGGAAGAUGAUGUGGGUCCAGGCCUGCUUUUGCAACCUUAGCUGCAAAAACCCCAAUGACAUCUUUGCUGAGCUGGAGAGCUACUACGGUUACCCAGAAGUCAUGAACUAAAGAAAUACCAAUCAUGCUCUCUGCUUAUGAGAGACCCUCUCUGACCUAAUUUCCUUCUGUGUUGUUUUGUACUUGUGAUGUUUAAGUAAAAGGGAUUUCUUUUUAUCAUUUUUUCCUAUUGGAAAAAAAUGUAAAUAUCAAAUGUAAAAUGCCCACAAUGGUUUAUAAGGCAUGUUGUGCUUUUGAAGAACAUUUGAAGAACUGCUUUGCACAUGAUAAAAAUAAUGUGUGUAAAAUA